AUGGAGCGGAUGGAGAUGAUGGACUCUACGGCAAUGCCGCACCGUAGCAAUCUCAAGGUCUUCGCCAUCAUGGUGGCCCUGUCGCUGUCGAUGUUUGUCGCUGCUCUCGACCAGACGAUCAUGGCCACGGCCAUCCCAACUAUUGCAGCUAAGCUGCACUCGGCUGCAGGAUAUACGUGGAUUGGCGGUGCCUACCUUCUGGCCAAUGCCGCUGGUGCUUGCAUCUGGGCCAAGCUCUCGGAUAUCUGGGGACGCAAGCCCAUCUUACUCUUGGCCGUGGCUUGGUUUUUUGGUAGUUCGAUCAUUUGUGCGACGGCGGUGGAUAUGCCCAUGUUAAUCGCCGGACGGGCACUGCAAGGUGUUGCCGGCGGUGGCCUGCUCCAGUUGGUCACUAUUGUGAUUUCGGAUUUGUUCAGUGUCAGACACCGGAGUCUCUAUCUCGGCUUGAUGGAGUUCAUGUGGGCGCUGGCCGGCGGAAUCGGCCCCCUUCUUGGGGGUGCGUUUUCCCAAUAUGUCUCCUGGAGAUGGAGUUACUGGGUGAAUCUCCCUGUGUGCGGCCUUGCCUUUGUGCUGCUCCUACUAUUUCUCGACGUACACAAUCCGAAGACGAAGAUGAUGGACGGAGUCAGGGCUAUUGAUUGGUUCGGGAGUCUCUCGAUCCUCGGCCUGACGCUGAUGCUCCUCCUCGGCCUGGACUUUGGUGGUGAAACCUUCCCGUGGGAUUCGCCCAAGGUCAUUUGCCUGAUUGUUUUCGGGUCACUCUGUUCGUUGCUGUUCAUCUACAGCGAGAAGCGGCUAGCAAAGUACCCACUGAUGCCAAUGAGUCUCUUCGGCCAGACCUCCAACGUUGCAACACUGGCCGUCGCAUUCGCCCAUGGCUUCGUUUUCAUCGCGGGCGAAUACUACGUCCCGCUGUAUCUGCAAUCCGUCAAGGAAGCCUCGCCCAUGCGCUCUGGUGUCCUCGUCCUACCCCUGGUUCUCUCCGAAGCUUUCGCGGGCAUCAUCACCGGAGCCCUCAUCCACCGCACGGGCCGCUAUCGCGAGCUGAUCUGGCUGGGAAUGACAUUACUGACCAUCGGCAAUGGCCUAUACAUCCAUUUGGAUGCAUACUCAUCCUUAGGGCGUAUAAUCGGAUACCAAUUCCUCAGCGGCAUCGGCGCAGGAUUCCUCUUCGAACCCCCCAUCAUCGCGAUCCAGGCGAUGGUCUCUCAGGACGAAACCGCCACUGCAACCGCUACCGUCGGCUUCAUCCGGAACCUGGCGACAUCGGCGUCCAUCGUCAUCGGCGGCGUGGUCUUCCAGAACUCCAUGCGCCGGAUGAAACCCACCCUGCUCGCCGCGGGGAUGUCCGAAACAUUGACGGAACAGAUGUCCGGAGACUCGGCAGCUGCGAAUAUUGAAAUGAUCAAGACCAUCGAGGAUGCAACCCAGCUGCUCGCGGUCAAGGAGGCGUUUGCGAGCAGUUUGAGGAACAUGUGGAUCCUGUAUACAUGCAUGUCUGCGCUUGGAAUUGUUGCGGGCGUGUUUAUUCUCAAGACCCGGCUGAACAAGGAGCAUGUGGAAACGAGGACGGGGCUGAGAUUGGAGAAAACCGAGGCUACAACUGUGCUUGAAAGACCUGCGGAUCAAUGCUGA